CUGCAAGUCGAAGCGUCGGCCGCUUGCUCCUGCUCAUCAACAACGACAACCGACGCUCCUCCGGUCGCCCACACCCCCGUCUUCCCACAGACACACAAUGAACGUCGCGCCAUUGGCAAGACGGCCUCUGGGCUGCCUCAAGGCAAGCCUACGCCAAGCGAGGCAGCAAAAGAUGGUAUUCGCCCGCUGCAUGGCGACCGAGACAGCCCAGGCUCAGACAACCUCGACACCACCACCAACACCACCAUCAGCACCAGAACACGGCUUCUUCGCCCUCAAAGACCGCAAGACCAAGACGCUCCGCACCGCCUUCGCCGUAUACCCGUCGACCGUGGCGGCGGGCAGCAAGUCGCUGACGCCGCCGCCGGCCAACGCGCUGCAGGCGCUGCACGAGGCGCAGAUCAAGAAGAUGGACCCGACGGGGGCGCGGACGGCGCUCUUCGCCAAGACGCGCGAGGCGGCCAAGGUGGGCGACGUGCUCAUGGUGACGCACCGGCGCGGCGGCGAGCCCUUCGCGGGCGUGCUGCUGUCGAUCCGCCGCCGCGGCAUCGACACGGCCAUCCUGCUGCGCAACCACCUCGGCAAGGUCGGCGUCGAGAUGUGGUUCAAGAUCUACAACAAGAACGUCGCCGGCAUCGAGAUCGUCAAGCGCCGCAACAAGCGCGCCCGCCGCGCCCGCCUCACCUACAUGCGCAAGCCCAAGCACGACAUGGGCAGCGUCGAGGAGCUCGUCUUUGCCUGGAAGCGCUCCAGGAAGGUCUUCUCGAGCGGCAAGGCCGCCGGCGCCGCCGGUGGGGCGUCCAAGAAGGCGACAGACUCAAAGAAGAAAUAAAAGGUUGGCUGCUGCUGCUGCUGCUGUUGCUGCUGAAAGAGGGGCCCGGGCUGGAAAUCCGCGGGAGAUGGAGGAGAGCAGGUAUGAAAGACGAGGAGGGAUCGAAUUCGUGGAGUCUGUCUCCCUGGGGCGGAGUGAGUCCACCGCCGUGUACACGUGUAUACCAUGUAUAAGAAAAAAAAAGUUAUUUUUUUCUUCUUGUUCUGCUCUAGAGAAACGAGACGAAAUGUUAUAUUCAACUGCGCCGGAAUUUGCUGAGGUCGGCAUGUCCUCGGUGGAGCUGGGCCUCGUGCAACUGCCUUUUAUCCCCCCUUUAUAUCAGAGAGCAGGCCGAAGAGUGCGGCACGUUGCACGGGUUGUAUGUAUGUACCGUAGGCCAAGGUAUCCGAACCAGCCCGGGGGUUG